AGUAGUUUCGUCGGUCCAUUUGUUGCUCCUGAAGUUAGUGGUUUGUGCAGUUGAAGUGUUGAGGUGCUUUAAAUCUAUUGCAGUCGCAAACAAAACGUCAACAAACUAUUAAAUAACCUUCACAUUAUCUCAUCAUCUUUUUGUCAAUUUUCGUCUCGUUAGCUUUGUCGUACAUAUUCGCAAAGUUUGAUUUUAACACUACUCUUAUUUAUUACUAGAAUUGUGCAAAGUUAUGAACAAAGAUGUUUUUCAUAACCUACUGAUUCAAAGUCAACAAUGUUUAUCAAUGGAAGAACGGACUUUUUUAACAAACGCGAUAUAUGAUAUGGAUACCUUCCAUUCCAUGAUAGACAUUAUUUUGAAUAAAGAAAACAAUAAUAUUCAAAACUGUUUGAAUAUUAGAAACAAUCCAGGACCGUCUACAGAAGAAAUUCCAUCGGAGAUGGAUCAUAGUACUGAUUGUGUUUCUGAACGACCGGAAAUGCCACAUCCUUUUGUGGAGAAUAUAAAUGCCAAAGUGUUUAACAAUCCAGGAUCAUCCACCAUGGAAAUUCAGUCGGAAAUAGAUCAUAAUGCUGAUCAAGUUUCUGAACAACUUAAAACUCUGAAUUCUCUUAUGGAAUGCAUAAAUUCAGCAGAAAUAUUUGAUAACUCAAAACUAGCCACCUCGGAAAUUCAAUCAAAGAUAUCUGUUAGUAUUGAUAACAUUUCUGAGCAAUCUGGAACGUCAAAUUUUUUAGAAUGUAUAAAUGCUGAGUUUGGUAACCCAGCAUCAUCUACCAUGAAAAUUCAAUCGGAAAUGUGUCAUACUGCCGAUAAUCCAGUAUCUACCAUAGAAAUUAAAUCAGAAAUAUGUAAUACUAAUGAUCCAGAAACAUUUGUGGAAAUUCAGUCAGAGAUAUGUAAUACUAAUGAUCCAGAAUCACUUGUGGAAAUUCAGUCAGAAAUAUGUAAUACUAAUGAUCCAGAAUCACUUGUGGAAAUUCAGUCAGUGCACUACAGUAAAUGCCAUAGUGCUGAUAAAAUAUAUAAACAACUUGAAAUGCCGACUUCCAUGGACAUAAGUGUAGAUCUACCACUAUCACCAAAACCAUCUACCUCCAUGGAAAAUCUACCAGAUAUACAAGAUAGUGCUAAGAAAGUUUUUAAACAACCUAAAGCAUUAGAUUUUUCUAGGAAACACCCAAGUGCUGAAGUAAUUGAUGUCUCAUCUGAUUCUGAUACCGAUUCUUCUGUUGAUUCUUCUGAGAAUUUUUUUGAGAAUUCUAAUGAUUCUUACGAUGAUAUUUCAAUUAUCAAUACUGUAAAUAAAACAAAUAUUGAUGAACCUAUAUCUUCAUGUUCUACUUCUCAGCUGAAUGGUAAUAAUAAUAAUACAUCAUUGACAAACGAAAUUCAUGUUCUAACUACUGGCAGUGGCAGACAAGCUACAGAUGUUAACAAUAAGAUCCAAGAUAGGCCUAAAGAAGAUAUUGAGGAAAAUAAUAAUGAUGUUUUAUUCGUAAAGAGGAAACGAUUAAAUAAGUCAAGACCAGGGUGCAGUAAAGAUUCUGAAAACACAUUCCUUGAGAUGAAAGAUUUCUACAAUUCGUCCAAUAUGGAUGAAUUACUAAAGGAUGCAAAAUUAAUACAUGCUCUUCUACCUUCUUCUAGAUAUAGUUACCAUUUGAUUUAUAGAAUGCUUAGUAGUAAUCGAUUUGCAAGAAAUCGUAUUGAGCUUACACUGUGGGACUUAUUACCAACAGAAAGACCGUUACCACAAUAUUUAAAGAGACGAAAAUGUUCAGAUGAAAUAAAUUUUAUAGAACAUAAAAAGAAGUCCCAUAUUUCUCUACAAGAAGAUCAGAUAGACACAAAUACAGCUUUGGGAAAAAAAGAACAGUUGUGUGCGAAAAACGAGAUAAUUGCUGAUAACAGAAAAUCAGAAAAUAUAGCAUUUGUAUCAUCAACAGGUGAGAAUGAUGAAAUGAUAGAGAAUAUGUCAGAAGUAGCAGCUUCAAAUAAUACGAAUAAUAUCAACCAAAGCACAAUACCUUUGAAAAAAGCAAAGCUAAAUCAUAAAUCGGAUGAAUCUACUACAUCCGUUAAAGAUGGUAGCAAUACUAGCAAUAUUAACAUUGUUCCAAAUUCAAAGAUAUUCACGUCAUCAGAAGUUGGUACAGAGAGCAAAGAAUUGCAUUCGAUUGAUAAUUCGGAAGUUAAAAAAACAUAUGAAUCUGAUAGGCAUUCAGAACUUUAUAAAGUUCAUAAAGUUGUGGCACCGGCAAAGUUAACGCUUCAAAGUAAUUUCACGACACCAAAAGGUGAAAAAUUUCAUAAACCGACAACUCCUGUUUUAUCACCGCCAAAAUUAAAAAUUCUUACUAAAAAUACAAUAUCUACAAUGUCACCAAUAGCUGUUUCUAUACCUAUAUGCUCUAUACCUAAAAAGGAACCUACUAAUAUAAUGAAACAGAAUAAACCAAUAAUUGUUCAUCCAAAUCUAAAUGAACCAAUAAUUCUUCAUCCAAAUUUAAAUUCAUCCAUAAGCCAAUAUCCAGGAGAAAGGUUUACUACCUGUCCUAAUGUAAUAAAGCAGAAUGAACAGAUCGCUCAUGUAAUAAAGCAGAAUGAACAGAUCGCUCAUGUAAUAAAGCAGAAUGAACAGAUCGCUCAUGUAAUAAAGCAGAAUGAACAGAUCGCUCAUGUAAUAAAGCAGAAUGAACAGAUCGCUCAUGUAAUAAAGCAGAAUGAACAGAUCGCUCAUGUAAUAAAGCAGAAUGAACAGAUCGCUCAUGUAAUAAAGCAGAAUGAACAGAUCGCUCAUGUAAUAAAGCAGAAUGAACAGAUCGCUCAUGUAAUAAAGCAGAAUGAACAGAUCGCUCAUGUGUUUCAUCUAAAUUCAAGUAUAUUUGCACCGACUUCUACGUUACCAGGCACGUCAUCAAAUGACAAAAAAGCAUCUGAUAUGCAUGUUGUACCUCUACCACACUCAAUGUGUCAAUCGAUUAAUCGGGUACAAAUAGAACCUCAAAUAGAACCAUAUGUAUCAACAGAAAAAGAUAGCACUAAAGUAGCUAACGUUCUUACUACAAAGACAUUAAUAACACCUGCAACAAUAAAUACUGCAUCGACUUCAAUAGCUCCUGCUCAAAGUACCUCACGUCUCCAAAAAGCAAGCAGUAGCAAUAUGACUACUCAAGUUAACGACAAAAGCUUAAAGCAACUGUUACCGAUACUAACUCCAUCAAAACUCAUUCCAAUGUACGAUCCAGAUAAAAUGAAUUGUAAAGUAGAGCAACUGGAAAAAAAAGAUGCAAUAGGAAUUAAAAAAAUUAAAAUACAUACAUACAUGGACAAAAUGGAAGAAGUAACAAACAAUGCUGAGCAAAAAGAAAAAGAAAAAUCAAAUGAGAAAGCUACUAAAAUAUUUGCCAAAUUAAUACCUAUGUUUCCAACUGUAAAAACUAGUUUUAUUAAGAAAUUAUGCUAUGACAUGAAACAUGAUGCGAGAGAUGAAGUAACAAUAGCUGCUGCUUUAGUCGAGAUGCUACUCAACUGUGACCAAAAAAAUUUAUCGGUUGAACAAGUGAAGCCAAUAGAGCCACAGGCAACAACUUCGAAAUUUUAUGAUAUGAACGAACAAUAUGCGGAUUUGCUAAUGAUAUUUCCUGAAGCAGAUCCUGUAUAUUUAAGAAAAGUAGCUGAGGAUAUAUAUAGUGAUCCCGAACGGAUAAAAGAAUUUGUUCAGUCAAAAUUAGAAGAUCCUAAUUAUCCAACGCGAGCGCAAUAUCUGGCUAAACAAAAGAUUACUCAACAACAAAAACAGUAUACUACGGAUUUCCAAGUAAAACAAUUCUUAGAGAUAUUUCCAGAUCCAUUUGCGUACUUCGAAGAUGAUAAGAGGAAAUGCGAAUUCAAUCCGCAUGCAAUAGAUUUUCUCAAAUAUUACUUCAGUAAAAUGAGGGUAAACACUUUGGUGAAGGCAUAUAGUCAGUAUAAUAAUUUAAGUUUAACUGCGAAGGCUCUGGAGACAUUAAACCCUGAUAUGAAAACUAAACGAUAUUGUAACAAGACUAUAACAGAAGAUAUACCGUUUCUUCAAGAGUGUGCUUUUAUACAACAUAAAGCAGAGCUUAAAAAAUAUCUAGAUGAAGUGAAAGUAAAAGAAGAGCAAGAAUUUAAUGAACUAAAAGCAAAAAAUGAAUUGCUUGAAUGUCAAUGUUGUUAUGAUGACGAAUGUAUGCCAUCAAAGUGUUCCACGUGUGAGGAUGGUCAUAUAUUUUGCAAUUUAUGUAUUAUACGGAGUACAGACGUGAUAUUAGGAGAUGGCAAAUCGCGCGUUGAUUGCUUGUUGCAGUGUGGUUCUGAAUUUCCAUUAGCUUUACUUCAGCGAGUAUUACCGCCAACUAAAUUUAGUAUUCUGCUUUGUAAACGACAAGCAGCAGAGGUAAUAGCUGCUGGAGUUGAUGGUUUAGUAUCUUGUCCCUUUUGUCAUUUUGCAUCUAUACCACCAGUCGAAGAUAAGAUUUUUAAAUGCCUUAAUCCAGAAUGUAUGAAAGAAUCUUGCCGAUUAUGUAAGGAACUUAAUCACAUACCACUGAAAUGCAACGAAAAGUCAGAAUCUGCACGUUUAUAUUUGGAAGAGAAGAUGACUCGAGCUUUGGUACGGAAAUGCUACCAUUGUAGUCGAUUGUUCUUUAAAGAAGAAGGCUGUAACAAAAUGACUUGUCUCUGUGGCGCCAAAAUGUGUUACAUUUGCGAUAAACCAGUUACUGAUUAUAAGCACUUUCAAGGUCAAGGAGCAGAAAGUUCAAAUCUUUGCCCACUGUGGAGCGAUAAUCGUCGUCUAAAUGCUGAGAGAGUAAUCAAAGUAUGUCAAGAAACUAUGAAGCAGAUUAAAGAGAAAGAUCCUCGUGUCGAAAUAAAUGUGGAUGCACUUUUACCAAAGUUACCACCUAAAAGCAAAGGUCCUCAUGAAGAUAUUCAAAACGUAAUGGUGGGAUUAUAAGAUAGGAUUGCUAGACAACUGCAAUGACAACUUUGCGUUACUGUUUACUAUUAAAAAAACAUAUUUAUUAAUUAUACUGUUUUAAAAUAUUA